UGCGGAGCAAUCAAGAAGGGAAGCUUUGACACAAUUAUCCGGUCAAUUGAAACUGGUGGAAGCGAGGGCUUUUGGUCUUUUGAUCGCACCAGUUGCCCCCGCUUACUUCCAAAAUCCAAGCGCAAGUCUCCUUAACUGGUUAAAGCGACUGCGUCUUCUUCUUCGCCAUGGGUCUCUCUCAGGAACGUAAGCUCGAAUACUUCGAGAAGCUCGAGUCUCUGCUCGAGAACUACACCAAGAUCUUCUUGGUCGGUGUGGACAAUGUGGGUUCGGCCCAGAUGCAGCAGAUCCGUCUGGUGCUCCGUGGCCGCGCUGAAGUGCUCAUGGGCAAGAACACGCUCAUGCGCAAGGUGUUCCACAACUUCGUGAAGAAGAACCCUGGCCACCCGCUCGAGCAGUUCAUCCCUCUGCUCAAGGGCAAUGUCGGUUUCGUGUUCACGAACGACGACCUUGCCGAGAUCCGUGAGGUGCUCGAGUCGAACCGUGUGCCCGCCCCGGCCCGUGUCGGUUCCAUCGCCCCGGUGGAUGUCAUUGUGCCCCCUGGACCCACGGGCGCUGACCCCGGUCAGACGUCGUUCUUCCAGGCCCUGCAGAUCGCUACCAAGAUUCAGAAGGGUCAGAUUGAAAUCGUCACGGAGGUGCUGCUGACCCGCAAGGGCGAGAAGGUCGGUAACUCCGAGGCUGCUCUGCUGCAGAAGCUGGACAUCAAGCCGUUCUCGUACGGUCUUGUGAUCGAGCAGGUGUACGACAACGGUUCGAUCUUCGACCCUGCCGUUCUGGACCUGACGGAGGCCGACCUCUGCGCCAAGUUCGUGGCUGGCCUGCGCAACGUGGCCGCCAUGUCGCUGGAGCUGGGCAUCCCCACGCUCGCCUCGAUCCCCCACUCGAUCGCCAACGCCUUCAAGGACCUGGUGGCCAUCGCUGUGGAGUGCGAGGAGUUCUCUUUCGAGAAGGCCGAGCCCUACAAGGCUUUCCUGGCUGACCCGUCGGCUUUCGCCGUCGCUGCCCCCGCUGGUGGCGCUGCUGCCACGGAGGAGAAGAAGGAAGAGGCCGUUGAGGAGGAAGAGGAGGUCGACAUGGGCGGCGGCAUGGACAUGUUCGGCGGCGACGAGGACUACUAAGCGUAGUCUCCUGUCUCCAAGGAUAAGUCGAUCGCCAUGCAGACAAAUAACGUCUGUGUAGCGUUCAACUGCUCUACCAACCUUCAAGCUUAGCGUUGCUAAUUGAAACCCAAUACGAGGCUUUGUGCUUUUUGGAAACCUUCAUCUUUAUCGUCCGUCUCCUUAUCAUGUUUCUUUAUGCAUUUGUAAUUGUCCAUAAUUGUCCACAAC